GAGAGAGAUAAAAAAAAAAAAAAAAAAAAAAAAAUAGAGACUCACGAAGGCACUCUCAAGGAGGCGCCCACCAUUUUUUCCGGAAUGUAUAAAACGGCAGGUAGACAACAAGCGAGCGUCGCACAUCAUCACAAGCAUCCGCACAAUGAAGGUAUUUGUUUUAGCAGUUUUGAUCGGCGUAGUGGCCGCCAUGCCGCAGGAUGCGGUCAAACCGCCCGUUGAAAUCAUCACAUCCGAGAGCGAAGGACCCAACUUGGAUGGCAGUUACAAAUUCAAGUUCGAAACGGCCGAUGGCGUGACACGCGAAGAGGAAGGAGCCCAGAAACAGAUCGGCGAGGAAUCGGGAGCCACUUCCCGCGGCUCCUGGUCCUACAGCUCUCCGGAAGGCGAGAAAAUCGCCCUGACCUUCGUCGCCGACGAGAACGGGUUCCAGCCGCAGGGAGCCCACUUGCCCGUCGCCCCGGAGCCGUCGCCGGCCAUCAAGCGCGCCUUGGCUAUUAUCGCCCGCACCAACGCCGCCGACGAGGCCCGCGCCGCCGGUAUGAGCACCAAACAGAAGCUCCUCAUGCUCGGACUCCUCGAUCAAAGACUUGGUCUUCGUAAAUAAAAAAAAUGUUUUUUGCCCAAUUCUUUCAAAAUCGAAACAAAACAAAACCAUUUUUGGCCCAUCCUUCCCUUUGUAUACAAUUUUCUUAUACUAAAAAAAAAACAAAAAAAAAAAAAAAAACAGAAUGAAAACGGAAAACAAACAAAAGGACUAAUAAUAAUCGAUGACGUAAUCUUAGGCCUCCUAUUAUAGUGAUAUCCUUGGAUAACAAACGGAAAUAAACGAGAUGGAAGUGUGACAAAUCAAAAA